UUAUUUACUCUCACUGAUACUCAAAACAUUCUCUCUCUCAAUUUUUUUCAGUACCUCAGUGCUUGCUUUCACAUUCCUUCCUCUUUGAGCUCUCCCAUUCAGAUCCAGCUUUGCCUCUGCUCCAGUCUCUGCAACUUUCCAUUUUCUGGUUUUUGAAUUGGGCUCUGAUUUAUUGGAGUGAAAUCAUUAUAUGGUUAUCUAAGUUAAUCAGAAUGAAUUGAAGUUUAGCUCUCAGAAAGAAGAUAAUGGAGGAAAUACAGUCUCAAUCUGACAAUUACAGGUCUUCAUCUUCGUCAGCCAGUAGUCCAGCCAGCAGGGUACCCUCAAGUAACUUUUUCUACUUGCGGAAACCUGGUUCGCUUAGACAACCCAUUUCGUUUGAGGAUUCUCCAGACUGGGGGGAUACUGAUAUUGAUGUUAGGGUUGAUGAUGGGGGUGAUUCUAUUAAUGCUGCCACAACGCCAGCCUCUCCAUCUCUCUCUAAGCUUAAUAGUAGGUCCCUGCCUUCCCCGCCGCUACCUGAGGGUGCAGUUGUGGCAAGAAAGAUUGCUGGGGCAUCAGUUGUUUGGAAAGAUUUAACUGUUACUAUAAAGGGGAAAAGGAAGUACUCUGAUAAGGUUGUGAAGAGUUCAACUGGUUAUGCAUUGCCAGGAACCAUGACAGUAAUCAUGGGCCCUCCCAAAUCCGGGAAAUCCACCCUAUUAAAAGCUAUUGCUGGAAGACUGCAUCAUUCUGCUAAGAUGUACGGGGAAGUUUUUGUAAAUGGAGCAAAGUUGGACAUGCCAUAUGGAUCAUAUGGCUUUGUUGAAAGGGAAACAACUCUAAUUGGAUCCCUCACUGUUCGCGAGUUUCUUUUCUACUCAGCACUGCUUCAGCUUCCUGGCUUCUUUUGUCAGAAAAAGAGCGUGGUUGAAGAUGCCAUCAUUGCCAUGUCACUGAGUGAUUAUGCAAACAAACUGAUAGGUGGACAUUGUUAUAUGAAGGGCCUUCCUAGUGGCGAGAGAAGGCGGGUUAGUAUUGCUCGGGAGCUUGUGAUGAGGCCUCAUAUCUUAUUCAUAGAUGAGCCUCUUUAUCAUCUUGAUAGUGUAUCUGCACUUCUGAUGAUGGUUACAUUGAAGAAACUUGCAAGCAUGGGGUGCACUCUUUUGUUUACCAUUUGCCAAAGUAGCACAGAAGUAUUUGGCCUUUUUGACCGGAUUUGUCUGCUUUCAAAUGGAAAUACAUUAUUUUUUGGGGAAACACUGGCUUGUCUGCAGCACUUCUCAAAUGCUGGAUUUCCUUGCCCAAUUAUGCAAAGUCCUUCAGAUCACUUUUUGCGCGCAAUAAAUACAGAUUUCGACAGGAUCAUUGCCAUGUGUAAAAAUUGGCAGGAUGACAAUGGGGACUUCUCAUCGGUGAAUAUGGACACUGCUGUAGCAAUACGCACCCUUGAAGCAACAUAUAAAUCAUCUGCUGAUGCUGCUGCAGUUGAAACCAUGAUUCUGAGACUGACAGAGAAGGAAGGUCCACGUCUCAAAACCAAGGGAAAGGCAGGCAGUGCUACGAGGAUAGCAGUUUUAACUUGGAGAUCACUAUUAAUCAUGUCAAGGGAAUGGAAAUACUAUUGGCUUCGUCUCAUUCUGAAUAUGCUUCUGACACUUUGUAUUGGUACAGUGUUUUCGGGCUUAGGGCAUUCUUUGUCUUCAGUUGUGACAAGAGUUGCAGCAAUAUUCAUUUUUAUAUCAUUUACUGCACUUCUAAGCAUUGCUGGAGUGCCUGCACUUAUGAAAGAAAUCAAGAUAUGUGCAAGUGAAAAAUCAAACCAGCAUUCUGGGGUUUUAGUGUUUUUAUUUGGGCAACUUCUCGCAAGCAUUCCAUUCCUGUUUCUCAUCUCUAUUUCAUCAAGUCUUGUCUUCUAUUUCCUCGUGGGGUUGCGAGAUGAAUUCAGCUUGUUAAUGUACUUUGUGCUAAAUUUCUUCAUGUGCCUCCUGGUAAAUGAAGGGCUAGUGCUGGCUGUUGUUUCUAUGUGGAAAGAUGUUUUCUGGAGUGUCCUGACCCUCGUAUCCAUACAAGUUGUAAUGAUGCUCUCUGCGGGAUAUUUCAGAAUUCGUAGUGCAUUACCAGGACCAGUCUGGACAUUUCCUAUAUCCUAUAUUGCUUUUCAUACCUACUCUAUCCAGGGCCUUCUUGAGAAUGAAUAUCUAGGGACCACAUUUGCAGUUGGACAAGUAAGGACCAUAUCCGGUAUUCAGGCAAUCCGGAGUGCAUAUGAUAUCUCACCGGACAGCAAUUCAAAGUGGGAGAAUUUACUGGUAUUGUUUCUUAUGGCAGUAAGCUAUCGUGUUUUUGUGUUUGUUUUGCUAUUCUUUCGAAUAGGGAAGAACACAUCCAUACAUAAAAUUUUCCGGUGUAGUCAGGAUACAAAUAGUUCAAGAUGAAUGAAUGUACUGUGAGCUUUCUUUGGCUGUU